GAGCAUUUCUAGUGUUCUUGGCUUUUGACCGGGGCUUCGGAUGUGCCACGCCGCGUUUGCGGAAAGAUGCCCAAGCUCGCGGAGUCCCAGUCGGCACCGCUGCUGCGGCCGGACUCCCUGCCACGGCUCCACAGCUCAACAUUCCCCUUGAACAUUGCUGGCCUUGAUCGUUGUGAACUCCAGGGCAGUGAGCGAGUGGGGAAGGCCGAAGAGUACAUGUACUUGCAAGUCAAGCGCUGUCAUUGGCCACAACUAAGCCCAGAUUGCAAACUGUGGACUUUGCGAGACUUCGCGCUUCAGCACUCCAAUUGGGACUCCUUCACCGACAAGGGCAAGCUGCGGGUCAUCUAUGAGCUUGGAUCACUCCUUUGUGAGUCUGGUGACAAGCUCAAGGAGGAUGCGAUGCUUAAGGCACGCAACGAUCUGCAGCUUGCGGUUACAGAGGCUCGGCAGCUUCCCCGCGUGGUGCGCUCCGACAAGCUUCGAGCUACCGCGGUGGCCGGGCUCUGCGAGGGCUUGAACCUCCCCAGUGCGGCGCGGCGCCUGAAGGAGGCCCUUGGCGCGGCCAAGCACGAGGAAUUUGAGGUCGGACACAUCCAGAACCUCGCGAAGAAGUUCCGUUUCAGGGGCUACAUUGAGAAGAUUGAAGACAGGUCACUGACCAUCGGACAGCUUCGAAAAGUGCUGAAGUUCUGCCAAGAAGCUUGCCACCAUUGGAGCGAGGGGAGAGAAGAGGUUUCGACGGAUAAAGCGCUCACCAUGGAUGUCCUGAACUUGUACCACAUCGAUCACUGGCUCAUUUGGCCAGCCACGGAGGCAUCUCGAAGUUCCUUUGUGGAACUCCUGGCGGAUCAGGAACAGCGAGCUCAGUGGUGUGUGAGCCACUGUUGGUCUCAGCCGCACGCAUCCUUUGUGGAGUGCAUCGGCCAGCACGUAAAGACGAGGGGUUUGCAUCGAAGAACCAACUUCUGGAUCUGGGCCUAUGCCCACAGGCACUACUGCUCUAGCUUGGAGGCUCCGGAGUCCGGCUUUUACCAGUCCUUAGAAGCAGCAGAGAGUCGGCUCCUGCUGGUUCUGCAGGAUGUGAAUUCGGCUGGCGAGGUCGCCGGAUCCAUGCCCUUCGACAGACUCUGGUGUAUGUUCGAGGUGAUGCACUCCCUGGAUAGCAGCUCCGGCAAGGGAAUGGCCAGAGCUCCCCUGGACGUUGCAGUCUUCAAUGGCAGCAAGGCAGCAAUCCUUACCUAUGGCCUCACAGAUGCAGAAGAGGCCAUGGACUGCCGCUUCCCGGGGAGUGGUGCUGCUGCCAAGGCAGCCAGGGAGCAGGACUUCCCGGUGUCCGUGGUCGCUGGGAGCCUCCAGCAGCGAGUCGAGACGGCGCAGAGCGAGGAUGGGCACAGUGGAACCUACGACGCGGCGCGGCGUGUGCAGGGUGUUUGGCCAAAUAUGAGCCAAGCCCUGGUAAACAUGCAGGUUGACGGAGUGCCGGACUACAACGCAAUCAACGCCAGGCUGAGCGGCUUUUUCGCCCUGGUCUUCCUGAGGAAGAUCUUUGAGGACCGUCCUGAAAGCGAAGAGUUGGCUGAGCUGAAGGACCUGGCAGCAAGGGCCUUGGCCCAAGACGCAGAGCGGGUGGAGAUCGACAUAACUCUGGGAGGCUGCGGUUUCGCGGUUGACGAGUCGCUCCUGCUUUUGGUGAAGCACAUGGCGCCAAGGCUCCAAAGGAUUACCUUGGACCUGAAAGGAAGCAGCUUGAAGAACGCCAGCCUGGCAGAAGUGGCCAACUUCCUGUCCCCAGAUGUACAGGACAUCCUGCUGGAUUUGCAGGGCUGCCGGACCGUGACGGACACGGGUCUGAAGCGGUUCAUGGAGAACCUCAUGGACUGCGACAGGUCGAAGUUGAGCACCGUCAGCUGUCUUCUCAUGGGCACCAAGGUGGUGGAGUCCUGCCAGGAGGCCUGUGAGAUCUUGGACCUGGAGCAGAUUCAGCAGGUUCGCCGCGAUUUGGAACUUCAAGAGAGGAAGAACCAGAUCAAGCGCUUGAUGAAGAAUGUGCUGCAAGGGAAGGCGGCUAUCGCAUCCUUCCGGAAGCUGCUGCAAAGCAACGUGGAGGUGGCUGUCCGCGGAAUCCUGGGGGAGCAGGGCUCGGUGGACGCUUGCCAUGUGGAGUGGGACAUCUCCAGCAAGGAGAUGCCUUUAACCUUUGACAAGGCCUUCCUCCGAGUGCUCCUGGAUGUCGGCGCAACCAUUGAGUUCAUGAAGCGCUCGGAAGCACCUCCAUACUCCGUGCUGUGGCCGCACGAGGGCCCAGAUCGGGACCCCGAGUCUUUGACCUACAAGGUGAACCACCGUCACCAGGCGUUUGCGGAUUCUUUCGCCCAGAAGCUGCCGGAGGUGCAGAAAACCGGCAGGAAAGCGGUUGCUGCUGGCUUGGUGGAGGCCCGCGCCGGGGACCUCAUCGUGGCCACGGUGCCCAAGUCCGUGGCCGCGCGGUUGGCCUUCAUCUACGCGGCGCGGGAGGGCAACACGGAGGCGGUGGCGGCGAUCUUGCGGGAGAAGGGAAGCGAUCUGCUGGCCCAGGUGGAUGAAGCCACUUGGGACGAGGAGGACCUCCUGCACUGCGAAGUGAAGCUGGACGCUGCUCCCCACGGCACAGCCCUUCAUGGAGCGGCUCAGUACGGUCACAGCGAGGUAGUCCAGAAGCUGAUCGACUGGGGCGCUGAUGUCAACCAGCUGCAGUUUGGAACUGACGCCACCGCAUUGACCCUGGCGGCCCAAAAAGGUUGGCUUGAGGUGGCCUCCAUCCUGCUCGAGAACGGCGCGGACAUCGAGGCUCGGGACAUGACGGGUCGCACUGCCCUGAGCUGGGCUGCUGAGAUGGGCCAUUUGCACGUGGUGGAGGAGCUGCUGGAGCGGGAGGCCCACAUCGAUUUGCCGGACCGCAAGGGCAUGACGCCCCUGAUGUACACGGCCGGCAUCGGCCAGGUUGCAGUGGCACAGAAGCUGAUUGAAGCCGGUGCGAACAUCAAGGCGGUGGACAAGGAAGAGAAGACAGCCGCCUUGCAUGCCACAAUCUAUGACACAGACAAGAUGGGCCUGCAGCAGAAGAAGCAGAAGAUCCUUGACAUGAUCCAGCUCCGGGAAAAGGAGCUCGAAAGAGAAGCUGAACGCGAAGCCGAGCGCGCUUUGGAGCUUGAGCGCGAAGCAGUUGAAGAGGAAAGCGAGGUUGAGAUGACCCCAUGAACGGCCAUGAUGGCCCUUCGGCUUGGGGCAGAUUGGGGCAGCAUUUCUGGCGGCGAGCAAAGCUCCUGCCAACCCUCGCAACGUGCCAAGACGGCUCC